AUGCUGUGGAACACUCAAAGAAAACUCGUUUUAUGGCAGUUCCCCACGCAAGUUCUCCAGUUCUUCUUCGACUACUAUGGUGGAGUAUUGUCCUAUGCGAUCCAAGUCUUUCCAAUCUUCAUUUUUGGAACAUACAACGAUCUCGAUCAAGCCUCAUUGGGCGAAAAGAUUAGCAACCUUUACACGCCUCACCGAUUUAGCCUAAAUAUUGGAGAACUCGGUGGAUACGUUCUGAGAGUGUCCGAAAUCGUGCGAUGUUCUCAACGUGAACAGGGCAUUGUCAAUUUGCAUGCGUUCGCCACUGACGUGGUCGACGAUAGCGAUGGACGGGCGGAUCUGGCGUUCAGCAUUCGCCAUUUGUCCUUCAGUAAGCCUUACGAUGACGAGGAAGAGCUGGUUUCAGACUUGACCGUUGACAUUCCUUUGGAAAGCAGCCUAAUUGUGACCGGACCAAGUGGUGCAGGGAAAUCAUCUCUGCUUCGGGUGCUUGCAGAACUGUGGCCAAAUAAAUCAGGUAGUGUACUACGGUAUUUACCAAGAAGAGACUAUCUGUAUCUGCCACAGCGGCCAUAUCUGCCUGUAGGACGUUUAUCAUUGCGACAACAAAUUUGCUUCCCGAACAUCCUUCGUGACAUGUUUGACGACGAAAAAGAAGCAGAGAACGCUAGAAUCAUGAAAAUCCUUCACGAGUUACACUUGACUGCACUUAUCGAAAAUUGUGGCGGUUUGGAUAGCGAAGUGGAUUUUGAGUGGCAAGAUACUCUGUCUCCCGGUGAACAGCAACGCCUUUCCCUGGCCAGGGUAAUUCUUCAUCGACCAAGAGUGGCAAUUUUGGACGAAGCUACAAGCAGCAUUGACGCGAAUGACGAAAAAGACAUAUACAAUUUACUUCAAAAGGAAAACAUCUCUUACAUCUCCACGGGUCAUCGUGAAACGCUCCGCAAUUACCAUAAUUUGGAACUGCAACUUGGUAGAAAUUCCUCUGCAACUACGUAUAUGCGUCAUGAUUCAAAUGCAGGACAACAAGAAGAAACUCAACACUCGGAUCCUCAUAGGCAAGAUAAAACGUAA